CUGGAAACCGCGCUGUCGACAGCCCAUUCCUGUCGGUUACGAGUAUGUGUCAGCGAUAUCCCCGAAUCGCGUCACGCAACGUCAAUCCGGUCUAAAAACCGAACCACGGAAAGGGUCACGGCCACGCGGGCAGCUUCCACUUCGUUAUCGAACCUCUUUUGGUGGUGCAGAAGUGGCGGUCUUGCUCCUUUCUAUUUUACAAAUCCACAAUCUCGACUUCGAUAUCUGAUUCUUGCCCUUUUACAACUUCCUCAACUUCAUUUCCAUACUCUCCACCCUACGUACUCCUCAUAAUCCACAUCCCGCUUGAAUAUCUCCAGAAAAAUAACUCGUCUGGUCCCUGGAUAAUCUUUUUUUCACUCAUACUCCCUUUGAUGAAACUUUUCACAUCAUCGAGUCCUAUUGCUUGACUCCUUUGACUCGAUCUAUCCGCUAGGAUUCGAGAGCUGCAAUAUUUCACUGCUACGCCAGCCAGAGUAUCACCAACAUGGCUGAUUCGAUACGCAACGAGUCUACUCCCACAACUCCAUCACCAGACCAAAUGUACUGCCACGCCUGCCAUCACCAGUGGCAGCGCCAGGGCGAAACCCUCCAGUGCCCUGCCUGCAACAACGCAACCACGGAAAUUAUCACGCCUGAGAAUGACCCGCGCCAUUUCCACCGCCGGCCCUUGCCUGCUACCGUAGAAGACGCACCCGCAGAGGACGAGCUCCAACCUGACUAUUCUGCUGCUGCCACCGUGACCGAGUCUCAACAGCCCACAGAGGUUCCAACCUCCAACACAGAGACCCAAAAUGCCAACGAGAGCAACGGCCAUAAUGAUGCGAGACCACAGACCGAAGCCAACGGCACAUCAACAACCAGCGGAAACACUCAGACUUCAGAUGAGACCAACACCCGAGGCACUCAGGAGCAGACCAGCAAUGCUUCCAACACCGAGGCCCCUCGAUCUGGAUCCCGCUCCACCAACACCCAACACUUCGAUAUCCGCUUCAUCUUCCCUCCUAUGACCUUCUUCACUACCGUCAUUUCCGAGCCUCUCACCCCACGAUCUCAACAGCAACCAGCUGGCUCACAGCCAAAUGGCCAGGCGCAAUCUACCGAGCAAUCGAAUGAGCAGCCUAAUAACCAGCAAUCUAAUGCUUCCAACACAUCUACCAAUGUUCCCACACCUAACGGCUCUACCGCUUCUGGUCCGUCCCCCAUUACCUUCUUUGGAUUGCACUUCUUUACGCCUAGGCCUCCUCAUGCCCACACUGCUCCGGCAUCCAAUGCUGCGAGCAACACCACCCAGACCGAAGGCACUGCGCAGCAACAGUCACAAUCCAAUGACGAACAAGCACAAGCCUCCCAGCAGCAACAGCCCCAGCAAGGUCCCCAGCCUGCCACCCAAGGCCAAUCAUCGCCCUUUGGAUCUGGUCCUGUACCAGCUGGUCUCAUGAACGCCAUCUUGUCCGCCAUGUUCAGCCCCCUCAGUCCUCUCGUUCUCGGCAACCUCAACUUUGUUAACGACGGCGUUUACUCGCAAGAGGCCUUUGACCGCAUCAUCACCCAGCUGCGCGAGCAGCACGCCGCGCAGAACCCAGGCGGCGCCCCUCCGGCCUCUCAAGCCGCGAUUGAGAAGCUCCGAGUCAAGGACAUUGACGAGCAGAUGCUCCAGGGCUGCCAGGACAACAAGGCCAAGUGCGUCAUCUGCGUCGACGAAAUGACCCUCGGCGACAAGGCUACCCUCCUUCCCUGCAACCACUUCUUCCACGGCGAAUGCGUGACGCCCUGGCUAAAGGUGCAUAACACUUGCCCUGUCUGCCGACGGUCCGUCGAGGUCGAAGAGGCGCCCGAGAGCAAGAAGCGCAAGAAUGUGGCGGAGCAUGAGCCCACGGGCAGGGAUGGCCAUGGCAUUGACGAGGCGGAGGAUGAGGACGAACAGCAGAGCGCCGAAGUGGCUGCGGCGAUUCCAGAAAGGCAAAGGAGACCAUAUGGACCCGAGAGGCUGCGUGGUGAAGGUACGGAUUGUGCUUGAAGUGAAUUCUAUAUGAUGUGAUUUCGGAGGCGAUUUUAAUUUUGGGGCAAUUCUCUGAUCUUUUCGAACAGCAGUGCCAAAGCGACGGCGUUUGGGUUGAUCCCAUAAUUUCAUUUUCGCCAUCGCGAUGAAAGAGGCUGGGAAGAAAGGUUCAUAUAGAUGGACUGCGGAUUAUCAGGACAGGGGCGGGAGAUUGAAAGAUCAACAAAGCCUGGAAAGUCCUGACUUCCGCAUAGAGUGCAUAUUCCUACCGGAUAAUGUGCUCAGGUCCCCAUUUGCUGAGUUUCAGGAGCUCUGUGUUCUUUCCCUUUUUUUCAAUUUGGCUUUUACCUACGAUACCAUUGCAUUACUUUCAGCAGAAGCGCGGCGUUGGGGGAAAACGGACGGACAUUUGGACGGGAUUAUUGAUUGCUACUACAGUGGUUCAGGGUACUAAGCGGUCCUACGGCAUUUUACUACUACUACUGGCUCCAGCCAGCUCGAUAAUGAAAGGUUGUUUGUUUCAUUUACACUGUCUUUUAGAAACUUGUUGCGGCCCUUGAAAAGACACGCCAUGAAUGGAUUACGAUGACACGAUUAUGGUUGAUGAUACAGAAAGAAAGGAAAAAGGUUGGCGUUAUGGGCAUCGAGUGCGCAAAGGAUGGGCAUAACGGAAUUCAAUUUGUCAGUAAAGUCCCAACCCGCUGGUGGGCAUUUAUGGUCAUAGAUGAAUGAAUUUUUUAGACACUCAGAUACUUAAAGUAAUGAAGGAAUAUUGUACCAAAAUGAAACCGAU